AUGAAUUUGACUUCCAUCCCCACUACCAAGCUUCCCGCUCUUGAUACAGUCGACCAGUAUGCGGUUGAUGCGGUUCCGAGGAGCUCAGCAGCUCAGAGCUCCCGCAUCGAGCUUGUUUGCAGCACAAACCUCCAAAAUAUCGCAAGUGGCCUGGUUCGAGGUUACGCCUGCUUUGUCUCGAGCUUCACAGGUCUAGACGAUAUCGCAUUCUUUGUCGUACGCCAUCCCACCACCUUCGCUGGUGCGGAGAGAGUUCGCAGGUUGGUCCGUGCUUCUGUGAUUCGGGAAGACAAUAGCCAGCAAUCCCAGCCGUCGACGAGCUGCACUAUCGAAGAAGUGGACCAGCAGCAUCUUGGUGUUGAUGAAGUGCAAUUCUCUCUGGUGCUAGGACUUUGCCCUGAUCCUGAAAAUGGCGAGCAACAGUCCAGUUUCAAGGCGCAAGAACAUAAUUUCACGCUCUACGUGGAGCCUUCCGACAGCACUGCUACCAUUCAGAUCUGGUUUACCUGUCCCGAUCAAUUGAUUCCAGCCCAUGCAGUGGACCAGCUGCUCAAGAGCGUUGCCAUUCAUUUGGCAGAUUCGUCACCAUUCUUGGCCUUCGAGGCCUCUCCGCCCCAGCUUUCUGUUAUGAAUUUCCCUCCAUCUAUGAUACCCCCUUCACGACGCCAUGACUCGAAUGAACUUUCUGAUUCUACGAUACCCCAACAAUAUCUUCUUCAUUCUGCAUUUGAGGGCUGGGCUCGGACGAAGCCUGAUGCCAUAGCCCUCGAUUUUGUCCAUUCUUUGCCUACUACCACUUCUUUUGCAAAGCACAGCAUCUUUACUUAUUCUGACCUCGACCGAGCAUCCACUAACUUAGCUGUACAUAUCAGGGAUCUGCUGGCAGCCCGUGAUUCGGCUGACUGCGGGCGGAUUAUCCCUGUGUACAUGUCAACAUCGCCCGAAUUGUACAUUUCAUACCUUGGUAUACUGAAAGCCGGGUUUGCAUUUUCUCCUAUUCCCCAGGAUGCUCCAGCGGAUAGGAUACGCGAAAUUCUGCAGGACAUAAACUGUCCUAUCAUUCUGGGUAGCACACGCGAGCCAUCUUUCGACCUUGGGUCUGCUGAAGAGCAUGGCGGUGUCGCAAGCCUACCCGUAUGGGUUGAUGUGAAGGCCAUUUCCAAGUGGGAGGAACUAAUAAAUAAUACUGCCUCACCCUCAGACCCCGCGAAUGCCCUGGAGAAAGUGGAUAUUCGACAUGACCAAAUUGCUUACCUUCUGUUUACCAGUGGAUCUACUGGGAAACCGAAAGGUGUCCAAGUCAGCCAUCUGGCAGUCACAUGCUCCAUACAGUCCCAUGCUACGGCCAUCCCGCUUCCAGGCGACACUGAAGGCGAUUUUCGUUGGUUUCAAUUUGCCUCCCCGACAUUCGAUCCGUCACUCAUGGAGAUCUUUGUCACUUUGAGCACUGGAGCCACUCUUUGCUCCGCGGAUCGAAGCCUGACAUUGACUGAUCUAGAAGCCACCAUAAAUGAGACAAGGGCGACCGUUAUGAUGGCGACGCCAAGUUUGGCUGCACUCCUGCGGCCAUCCCGGCUGAUUACACUUCGGUCGCUCUGGACGAUGGGAGAGAAGCUGAAUAGGACAGUCAUUGAGAACUUUUCCCCAAACACAUCGCAUGAUGGAGCCCAAACGAUGUUGGUGAAUGCGUAUGGACCUACUGAAGGUGCCAUUAAUUGCACCUUCCUCGCACCUGUUGGUCACUCGACUAGGGGCUCAAUCAUUGGCAAAGCACUUCCGACUUGCGCGAUGUUUGUUCUGGAUUCGCACAGUCGUACGCCGAGACCAGUCCCCGCGGGUCUCGCUGGUGAGCUGGCAAUAGGAGGCCCGCAAGUUAGCAAAGGAUAUCUGAACCGUCCGAAGGAAACCGCGAAGGCUUUUGUGCACAGCGCAGAGUUCGGCUACUUGUAUCGUACUGGGGAUAUGGCGCGCAUUGUCUGGGAUGAAUCAGGCUCUCAAGUCAUUGAAUUUCUCGGCCGUAUAACAUCAGAUCAGGUCAAGCUUAGCGGCCGGCGCGUCGAACUGGGUGAGAUUGAGUCAGCCCUGUCUACAGUGCAUGGUGUGACAGAAGUUGUGGCUGUAGUAUCCAAGCGCGACGUCCAAGUACAGGGCAGUGAGCAGAUUGUGGCAUGCCUAGUUGUCGGCAACGGCGACGCAAGUGCUGCAGAAAACCAAGAGAUAACAAAUGAGGCACACCGCAAAGCCCGGCAAUACCUUUCCUCCUAUAUGUGUCCUUCCGCCUAUGCGUUUUUCUCCAGUCUCCCCCGCUCGAGUUCCGGCAAGGUCGACCGUAAAACUAUUUCGGCUCGACUGCAACAAGAGGACGAGACCAUAUGUCAGCUGUACACUCCACAGGACUCAGCUGGAUCUUGUGAAAAUGGUGUACAAGACCAUUGGGAAGCUCCAAAGGACAAGAAUCUCUCGUCUGUGCAACAGCUUGUGAUUGAGCUCAUUGCGCAAACAGCAGACGAGAAUGUUGCUGCCAUCAAGCCAGAAGCUAGUCUCUUCUCUUUGGGUAUCGACAGUCUCGGCGCUAUGCGCCUUUUGCAGAAGCUACGAGACCAUGGUAUGGACGGGUUGUCUGUCGGCGAUGUAUUGCAAUCGUCUACUCCGAAAGCAUUGGUAGCACUCGUCUUCCAGCACCGCCAGAAGAACGGAACGGCAGAUAUGAACGGGCAUCGCGACCUACUCCAGGAGAAACUUGCGGCAUUCAGUGAGAGAAACAAGACCCUCUGCUUGGAAAGACUUGACUUGAAGCCGAGCCAAGUUGCGAAGAUUCUCCCGACAACGGCAACACAAUCUGGAAUGCUCACCAGUUUCCUGCGUAGCUCAUCCGACAAGUCUUUUGCAACUCGCUCCUACAUUUAUCACACCGUCCUACGUCUUGAACCCGACGUUGACCUGGAAAGAAUUCGAGAAGCUUGGGACGCCGUUGUUUCCAGUUACGACUCCUUCCACACAAUCUUUUGCUGGGUUGACGAUGACAUGGCACCAUUCGCCCAAUGCAUCAUCGCCCCCGAAGCAGUGUCUCCCACUGAAUGGGCUGUUUAUCAAACCACUGAGACUGUCUCAAAAGAGGAAGCUCUUCAAAAUGCUCUUCGAGACGCCGAAAAGUGUAUUGAUCUGAGCAAACCCCCUUUUAGGCUGUCUCUAGUUAAGAGUAGCAUAGGGAACGAGAUUGUUUUGAGCAUGUUUCACGGCAUAUUUGACGGUGGUUCUUUGCAACUCAUGCUCGAUGACGUAUCUGCUCUCUAUCAUGGAGAGAUUGCUAAGCAACGAACGUCUCUUGAGCAUGUUGUGAAGCAUCACUUCCAAGCUGAUCAAGUUGCGACGACUGACUUCUGGAAUAAACAAUUGGAAAAUCAUUCUCCUGUCGCGUUCCCAUCUGUGACCUCAUACAGGCCGUCUCCUAUCAAAACAACCGGCUGCGCGGAGAUCACGGCUAGUAUUCGCCAUGACACCCUCAAGAAGAGAUCUAAACUCAUUGGUUCAAGUCCUCUUUCUGUACUUCAGGCAGCUUGGGGCUCGAUCUUGUUAGCUUACAGUGGCACAACUGACCAGGACGUGGUAAUGGGCAGCGUAAUCUCGGGGCGACUUGAUGUCGUCUCUGAAACCUGUAUUGGCCCAACAUUCACCACAAUUCCCAUCAGACUCGCCGUACAGGACUCGCAGGCAAACCCUCCUGAUUUGCGCACAAACCGUUCCAUAACUCAAAGCCUGACCAGGCUGAAUGCAAGCACUCUAUCUCACCUGCAACCUAGCCUGGGAUCUCUUGUCACGGCAGAAGGACGACUUCCAUACGAAACGCUGAUAGCUUAUCAAGAUUUCAGUGCAGGCUCUGGUGGGAGUGGGAUCUGGAGCUCGAUCUAUCAUCCGCCAAUGGCGAACGAUUUCGCGGUCAUGAUCGAGGUGUGGCCGUGUCAUGACUCCUCCUUGACAUUCCGGGCCAGUUUCGAUGAGGCCAGACUUGAUUCACAAUCGGCCCAGGUGAUGCUUCGGCAGAUGUCGGAAAUCGUCGAGUUCAUCCUCAACGAGCCUGAAGGACGCUUUCUUGAUGGCCCUAUGAAGACUAGCCGUGACUUGAAGUCAUGCUUUAACUCGCAACCUAGACUUAGCGAAGCGCAAGAAGGAACUCUCAUACAAGCACAGUUUGAGGAGCAUGCGCUGGUAAAUCCUCAGCACCCUGCCCUGAUUUUCAAGUAUAAUUUGGAUGAUGAAAACGACCCGCGCAAUAUAACUUGGUCCUACGGCGAACUUAACGAUAUAGCAGAACGUCUUGCAGCGCAUCUAGCCCAAAUUAGCGGGGAGCUCAACAAUCGCCCAAUCCCUAUCUGUAUCGAGAAAAGCCCUGCCAUGUAUGCUGCGAUACUAGGUAUUCUCAAGGCUGGAGGCGCCUGGUGUCCGAUCGAUACCAUGUCUCCUGCACAGCGUCGUCAUGACUUGAUUGCACGGACCGCAUCGAGCAUUUUACUCGUUUCCGAUCUCGAUGGGACCCAGCCUGACGGUUCAGUACCCGCUGGGGUUCGAGUCAUAGAUGUGAACCGGUUCAUUAAUGAGACAUCAAAUGGCAUGAAUGGAGAAGCCCACAAAAUGGUCAAGCCUCAAACCAAGGCCAACGAUAUGGCCUACCUGAUCUGGACUAGUGGAACAACAGGCGCACCCAAAGGUGUACCGAUUAAGCACUCCUCCGCUGUUUCGAGUAUGAGGACGCUCCAAAAAGAUAUUCCUGCAGAUGUGCCCGGUGGCGUACGCUGCUUGCAAUUUUCACAAUACACAUUCGACGUCUCGAUCCAGGAUAUCUUUUACACUUGGGGCAUUGGUGGCGUCCUCAUCUCUGCUACGAGAGAUAUCAUGCUGGGCUCGUUUGCAAAACUAGCCAACAUCACCAAAGCAACACAUGCACAUCUGACACCUGCUUUCUCAGCUGGGAUACCCAGGAAGAGCUGCGAAACAUUGCAGGUCAUCACCAUGAUUGGCGAGAAGUUAACGCAGCCUGUGGCUGACGACUGGGGUACAAAUAUGAGAGCUUUCAACACAUAUGGACCAGCGGAAGUUACGGUAGUCUCGACGAUCAGAGAAUUUGGAAACGAACAUAAAAAGGUCAAAAGUGCGAACAUAGGCUGGCCUAUGGAGACUGUCUCUGUCUUCGUGACCAAAGGUCAGCAGUUGGUCAUGAAGAAUGCCAUCGGAGAGCUGGCACUCGGUGGUCCACAACUUUCACCCGGUUAUUUGAAUCAAGAUGAUGUUACCGAAGCCAAGUAUGUCUGGAACGAGGAGGCGCAGCAGAUAGUGUACUAUACCGGUGACCUCGUUCGAAUGCUCGCCGAUGGCUCUCUAGAAUACGUCAACCGCGUCGAUGAUCUGGUUAAGCUGGGCGGUAUCCGAGUGGAGCUGAGCGAGAUAAGCUUUUCCCUGCGCGAAUGCCAUUCACUCGUUGAAAGUGUUGAGACCCUUUUCCUCAAUCGUCCCGACAGGCCCAACAAUGUGGUAGUUGCCUUCCUCUCUGCGCCAAAAGCUGCAACCACAGAAGGCCAGGAACAGUCAUUACUGUCAGGUGAAACCGCCGUUGAAAUAGCACGAGCUGCCAGCGAGCAAGCCCAGCGUGUCCUACCUGAUCAUAUGAUACCUUCUGUCUUUCUGGUGGUGUCGCAAAUUCCCAAAACAUCAUCAGCCAAGACAGAUCGCAGGGCACUACAGGCAUCCUAUUCGUCCGUCGACCUCGACGAUUGGGAAUCCAAGGUAGGCCUGGCCCGUGGCUUCGAUGGAUCUGAAGAUAGUCAAUAUGACACUUCCAUUGCAGCCCACAUAGUCGAGAUGAUAUCUUCACUCGCCGGCAUUUCGGCCUCCGUUAUCUCCAAGUCUAGCCGAUUAAGUAGCCUCGGCAUUGAUUCCAUCCGUGCGAUCCGGGUGGCCUCUAGGUUGAAAGAUGCCGGUCAUCAAAUCUCAGUUGUCGACGUUCUCAACUGUGUGACUGUUAAGGAUCUGGUGAUUUUAGUCUCUUCUGUAAAUCGAGGCACUUCAGCCGAAUCCUCAGAGUCGUUCGACGUGGGCGCGUUCAACGAAAAAUGGCAUAGUGCUGCAGCGAACAUAAUCAAGGAGGAUAUCAAAAUCCUUAGGGCAACUCCAUUACAGGAAAGUUUGCUCAGUGAGACGAUGGGCACUUACACCAUGUACUGGAGCAACCACUUCUUCGCUCUAGAUGAUUCGGUGGAUCUCGCAAGGUUGAAGCAAGCUUGGCUCGCGACAUGCCAACGAACUGAAGGCCUCAGGACUAGCUUCAUCCCUGUCGCUGAACUUGAAAAUCCAGGAUCCGACCCACUUGGAAGCUAUGACUUCUCCAUACUGCAGAUAAUUUAUCAGCUUCCGCACCUCGAUUGGGACUUGCUAAAUUGUUCCGAAUCGGAUAUCGCGACUCUUCGUGCUAAUAGGCUGGAUGAAAUCAUGUCGAUGCAUCAGAAAACGUACUUUAGACAUCCACCUUGGGCUGUCACUGUGUUCAAUACAGGCGCUAAACGUGUUAUGAUGUUCACCAUACACCACUCUAUACAUGACGAACCCUCACUCAAUAUGAUCCUGGAUGAUGUGCGAUGCGCUUACACAUACAAGCCACCCUUGCGAUUCCAGCUUACCGAUGCGCUUUCGCUUACCCUUCCUACUGAAAAGAGGAGCAAGGCAACUAGCCAAUUCUGGGAAUCUCAGCUCAAGGACUUUUCAGACCAGGAUGCUCCCGUUUGGCCAGACCUAACCGGCAAGAAGCUACAACCGGGCGAAGUGCCAAAGUACGAGUGGAUUUCAGAAGGGCUUCCAUUGACAGAGUCGGUUUCGAAGUUGCAGGCCACUGCAGCCGAGUUGGGAUUAUCCUCUAUUGCAUCCAUCAUUCGAGCGGCGUGGUGUUAUGUCUCGACAAGCUAUCUUGGAGUGCCGGCCGCUGUAUUCGCUGAGACACUCUCCGAUCGUGUCCUGCACCCCGACCUUGAGAACGGCAUUGGGCCUCUGAUAUCCGUUGUACCUAUUCCGUUCAACUCUAGCGGAAGCAUUCGAGAGAUCUUGGUUGAUCAGCAACGGGUCUCUGCUCAGGCUUGGAAAUGCCGCCAUAUACACGCUCGCGAAGUACGAAAGUUGUUGAAUCGUCAAAGAGGCGAGGCGCUCUACCCGGCGGUGUUCAAUUUCCAUGUUGCGACGGAUGACUCGGUCGAGCUCAUAGAACCAAGCAUCUGGCGCGAGAUAGACGAUCAAGUGGGCCUACACGUUGAACACCCCAUGGCGUUCAAUGUCUUUCAGCGCCCCAACGGUACGCUGUAUGUGGAGGCCUCUUCGGAUAGCAGGAUAAUGUCACGUGUUCAGCUGUCUCUCUUUGUCCGCCAGGUGGACGGCAUAGUCAGUACAAUGCUUUCCUCGAUUGACGAGUCUUUUGGAAGUCUAGUCAACCACAUCCCGAAAGCUCUGCGGUCAAUCUCUGAUCAGCCGGUCAGCGAGGAAGUGGCAAACUCGGUGCGACUGAGCCCGACGCACUGGCUUGAACUAUAUGCUGCGAAACAUCCCGAUUUGAUAGCCGUUGAAGUCGCCAGUAGCAUAGCUGAGUCUGGAAUUGAGAAGGAGACUAUGACUUAUGGCGGCUUGAACGCCCAAGCCAAUCGCGUUGCUGCCUAUAUAGCCUCUCUGGGCUACAAGAACAGAAUGAUCGCGGUCUGCUCCGAGCGAGAUUUGAUCUCGUAUCCCAUUAUCAUCGGCAUCUUCAAAUCGGGAAACACUUAUCUCCCGGUUGACGAUGGUCUCCCAUCCGAGAGGAAAGUGUUCCUGAUUGAGGAUGGCGAUUGCCCGAUCGUGUUCACCGAGAAGCAAUUCGCUGCAUCCUUUGAACAUGUGCCAGGAACAUGUCAAGUUACAUGUUUUGACGAUCCGGCUUUCUCCGAAUCAUUGGCCGUGAUGCCAGCCGAAGAUAAGAACUAUAUGUCUGACCCUGACGAUCUAGCCUACCUUUUAUACACUUCUGGCUCUACGGGCAAGCCUAAAGGCGUCAUGGUGACUAGAGGCAACCUUUCAUCAUUCAUCGAGUCCUUUUCGGAAUUCACCUGUCGCCGGGCCCCGGUCACUUUAGAGCUUGCAGGAGCUGGCAGAUAUCUCGCUCAAGCUAGCCGCGCCUUUGACCCGCAUCUUCUGGAAAUGUUCUUUCCCUGGAGACAUGGUAUGGCGACUGUGACGGCCCCGCGAGCUAUGAUCCUGAACGAUCUAGGACUGACGAUCUCUAAAUGGGAUAUCACACACGCAAGCCUUGUUCCAUCUUUAGUGGAUCAAUCCAACAUCGUCCCUGCUCAAUGCCCCAGUCUAAAAUACAUGACCGUUGGCGGGGAAAAGAUAACGCAGAAAGUGCUGGAUACUUGGGCUUCGGCACCGGGCUUUGCGCUUGUAAACGCAUACGGUCCCACUGAGGCGACAAUAGGCUGCACGUUCGCCCCUGUAGGCAAAGAGACGAACCUACGUAACAUCGGGCCUCCGCUCAGUGCCUGUGUUGGUCACGUCCUUAUGCCCGGCACACUCACUUACGCCCUCAGAGGGCAGACAGGAGAACUUUGUUUCACGGGUGACCUGGUUGCGAAAGGCUACCUCAAUAGGCCUGAUGCAACCGGGUUCGUCACAGGGCCUAACGGGGAGAAGAUGUAUCGUACUGGUGACAUCGGGCGGUUGAUGCCAGAUGACUCGGUCGAGUACCUUGGCCGUGGCGACGACCAGACAAAAAUCCGUGGCCAACGGCUGGAGCUUGGAGAGGUCUCCGAGGUUAUUCGCUCAUCUUGCAAUUUUGACAUUAGCGUUGUCACCACUGUCGCGAAACACCCUGGCCUCUCUCGACAACAGCUCAUCUCCUUUGUCGCACGAUCAAAUGCUCGCAAGCGUGAGCAAGGCAUAGAUGUUGCUUUCCUGUUCUCGGAAUUCGCGACGCUUGGCCGAGAGCUACAGGAUGCUUGCAAGAAAAAGCUGCCAAGCUAUAUGGUGCCUGAGCUUAUCCUUCCCAUCACUUACAUUCCGCUGGCGCCUCUGUCCGGAAAAGCGAACAUUAAGGAAUUGGCUGGGCUCUUCUCCGAUCUUCCCCUUUCGACUAUCCUGCAAGGGAACAAUGCCCCAAGCAAAGACAGCACUGUGACUAACCGACCUUUAUCUGCGGACGAGCAGGCCGUGGCGAAGGAGCUCUGCGGUGUCGUCUCGUCGGAUCCAUCGACUAUUGGACCGAUGACCAACAUUUUCGAGAUCGGCGUUGAUAGUCUCAGCGCAAUCGGCCUUUCCAUCAAGCUCAGAGCGAUUGGCUAUCAAGCUACAGUGGCCCUUGUCAUGAGUAACCCGUUUGUUGAGCAACUUGCACGUUUACCUAGGCGUUCCUCUUCAGCGACGGAAUCUGCUAUGUCUGAGGUACGUCGAAAGUUCGCCCAGGUAGAGUCAGAAUACAGGGAGGACCCCGUUGCAGACAUCGAUUCUGCUCGCGUGGCUGCAGUUCGACCCUGCUUGCCGCUGCAGGAAGGCUUGGUUGCCCGCUCCAUCAACAGUGAAGGCAACCAUCUUUACGUCAAUCACAUCAUUCUCAAGCUUGAGCAUGAUGUCGAUCUUAAUAUGUUGAGGUCGGCAUGGCAAUCAGUUGCUGAUGAAAAUGAGAUCUUGAGAACUGCUUUCGCUCCUUUCCACAAGCAGAUGGUGCAGGUAAUACUUGCAGUCGGUGCCCAUCAGAUCCGCUGGGAGGAGGCAGAGUACGACAACUUGGACGAUGCGAUCAAGAAACAUGAACAAGAGCAUGAGCGGAUUUCUCAAGACAUUGUCUCGGGUAUCUCUAAAUCUCCUCCUGUACGGUUUCUGGUCGCCAAGUCCUCGGGCACGAAUCAACCUCUUGCCUUGUUCAUCGAUAUUCACCAUGCACUCUAUGAUGGCGAAUCCUUCCUAAUGUUGAUGGAGGAUGUUGCAGCCCGGUACGCAGGCGAUGAGGUUCCUCAGAGAGGAUCACCGUCAGAGUUCAUCGAGCAUGUCUACGCCCAAGAUGUGGAGAAGGCAAAGGAACACUGGGUUCAAUAUUUGGAUGGCUAUCAUUCCACAACUUUCCGAAGAGACUCCAAUUCAAGGGAGGUUUCUGCUUCCAUGAGCAGAGAACUCAAGAACAGUCUCAGUGAGUUGGAACGUUGUUCUGCAGCGCUUCAUACCACCGCGCCAUCCCUGGUUCAGGCAGUGUUUGCACUUCUGCUGGCCGAUACUGUUGGAGCUCCCGACGUGACGUACGGCUUGGUUUUGUCGGGCAGGGCCGUUUCUGUGCCGGGCGCAUCGUCUGUUCUGCUGCCGUGUAUCACCACGGUCCCUGGUCGCCUCAACACCAACGCACUUGAAACGGUUGAUGAAGUGAUUGAGCAUGUGCAAAAGUCCACGAUCAGAUCCCUCGAAUUUCAGCACACUCCCUUGAGACACAUUCAGAGAUGGGCUGAAGCAACUACACCUCUGUUUGACUGCCUCUUCUCAUACAUUCGCUCCACACCUCCCCCAAAACACCGUUUGUGGCAUGAGUUGGACAGUUUUAUGCCUGCAGAAUACCCCCUUGCUGUUGAAGUUGAAGCAGACCAUGCAAGUGAUACGAUGCAUCUGCACUGUAACUUCUCGCCUUCAUUUGGCACUACCUACAAUGCGGAGGAGUUUCUUGAAAAGAUGGAGGCUGUGAUCUCGAGCGUCGUGUCUGGCGAGAGUCUUUCCUUGGCCAACUUCAAUUUAUCGCGGUCCUCCACGCCGGGUACGCAGUCCCCUGUUGCCUCAUGGGACAAUUCUAUUUGGUCUCCCAUAGAGACCCAGAUCCGAGAGCACACCGUGGCUUUCUGUGGAUUGACUGCAGAGAAUGUUACGAAAGGUGCAUCAUUCUUGAGCCUGGGUAUUGACUCUGUCACGGCGAUUCAGUUCUCCCGCAAACUACGCGAAGCAGGCUUGAAUGUUGCUUCGUCUGAUGUUAUGCGUUUCUCAUGUACUGGCGCUUUGGCCAAGCACAUUGAUGAGACUAUCAGCAAUGGCGUCUCGGACCAGAGAUCAGAAGCCGACGAGAGUGAGACUAUCGAUGUUGAGGUCUACGGAAAACAUAUCAGCCUUCUGACUGACGAGGACUCCAUUCCUGCGAUGUUCCAGACUACGCCUUUGCAGUCAGGAAUGAUCACGCAAACCCUGGCUACUGACGGACAGGUCUAUGUUUACCCGCAUCCCAUCAGACUUGCAGCUUCUGUUGAUAUUUCUCGCCUCAAAUCUGCCUUGGUACAAGUCAUCGAAAAGAAUGAUAUUCUGCGCACCUCGUUCCAUCUGAUAGAGGAGCUUGGUUCCUCCUGGGUUGGUGCUGUUCAUACCAAACCACCACUCCACUGGGAAGAAAUUGCUUUGCCCUCCGGCAUCAACGUUCUGACCGAGCUUGAGACUAUGUACUCAUUCCGCGAUGAGUCUAGCUUCGAAACCCCGCCUAUCAGAACAUUCUUAGUUAAUCAGCCGGAGGGGAGAGUUCUCGUGAUUGCCUUGCACCAUGCACUCUACGAUGGCGCUUCUAUCCCGUUCUUCUUUGAAGAUUUAGCCGUGCUCUACAAUGGCGACUCGCCCACUGAGAGACCGAAUUUCUCUGAAACAGCUAAGCAUAUCCUGAAGGGGCAAGACGAAUCCGCCCGGUUCUGGACUGAGAAGCUACAGGGAUAUGAGAUCUCCGAGAUCCCUGUGCUUCCCGCCUCUGAAACUAGCGAACGCGUUUUCACGUCCGAGCGGCCGCUGGAUGUCGACAUUUCUCGCGUGAUUGAGGCUUGUAAAGCAAUUGAGGUCACCGUGCAAAGUGUCUCCCUCUUGGCGUACGCUAAGUUGCUGGCUCGUUUUGUAGGAAAGCGUGACGUUGUAUUUGGGCAAGUCCUUGCGGGUCGAUCGCUGUCAGUGGCUGGCGCUGAGAAAACACUGGGGCCAUUGUUCAACACUGUCGCUCAGAGAAUCAGUUUUGAGCCGAAGUUCUUGAGCAACAAGGCUAUGGCUCUCCGUCUGCAACAGUUGACGACCGAUGCGCAGUUGCACCAAAACGCGCCUUUGCGGACUGUGCAAAACUCGUUGAGACGGUCCAAUGCUCUUACCUCCUCGGCUCUCUUUGAUACACUUUUCGUGUUCCAGAAGAGUGCGGACUUUGCGGGCAGCAUCAUCAAUGAGCAGAAGAUUUGGACGCCAUAUGAGGUUAACAACUACACCGCGCAGGCUGAAUACAAAUUAAACAUUGAAGUUGAUCAUGGGAGCCAGGGGAUCGUGGUCAAUGCCUCUUGCAAUGGCAGGUAUAUCACCCAGGACACACUUGUCAAACUCUUGGAUGAGUAUGCGGCCAUUUUCGAGGAUAUCGUCGAACAUCCCACUAGGUGUGCCACGAUCGUACCUGAGGGGCUUGGUGACCUGCCGAUGAAAUUGGCUCGCCAAGAGCUGCACGAUCAUGAGGUCGAAGAUUCUGACAAGCCAAUCCAUGAGGAUAUUGUUCGAGCUAUACUUGCAGAAGUGGCUGGUGUCUCCGUGGACAACAUCAAACCAAGCACAAGCAUCUUCAGUGUUGGCUUGGAUUCAUUGUCCGCUAUUCGUAUUGCUUCCCUCUGCCGCGCGAAAGGACUGAAGACUGGUGUUGCCGACAUACUGCAAGGCAAUACUCUUCGUGGUAUCAGCAAACGCAUUACAUCCAUCUCCGAGAACGAGACGCGGUCUCAGGGGUUCCUCAUAGAGAAUCACGAGCAAGUAGAGAGUGUGGUUUUCCAACAACUCGGCUUUGAGAAGGACUCGGUUGAGGCAAUUCUCCCAUGCCUUGGUGGGCAGUUUUAUCACCUUGCUAGCUGGCUCAAGUCCGGAAGAAGACUGUUUGAAGCAGCCUGGCCGUACUUCUGCUCCGAACGCAUUGAUGCUGCAAGGCUAGAGGAGGCUUGGUUUCAACUGCAGCAGAGACAUCCCAUACUGCGGACAUGCUUCGCAGCGACCUCUUCGACAGACGUUGUACAGGUUGUCAUGAAGCAGGCAAUGCGUGACACGAACAAGUUCAAGGUUAUCGAGUGUUCCAACUCCAUCACGGAAGCUGCCAAGACCCAAGCUAAAGAAGAGGCGCUACAUCCGUCUUCACUAUCCACGCCUCCUGUUCGUCUGCGACUCUUGAAAGCAAAUGAUCGUGAUGGCAUCCUUGUACUCAUCAACCACGCAGCGUACGAUGCAUGGACAAUGCCGAUGUUUGUGACUGAGCUCGCACAUCUUUACAGGGGUCAAAAGUUUGAGAGCAAUCCGGCAUUCCCUGCCUUCGUGGACUUCUCCCUUCGCUCCCUUCGCGAACUUGAUGAAAAGCAGUAUUGGUCGUCUCAUCUUGGUUCGGCUGCCCCCACUCUGAUCAAGAAAACCCAAGAAAGACAUGAGGUGCCCGACCAGCUGUUCGUCAGUGCCUGGGAGAAGGUUAAAAACCUGUCACACUUGGAAAGAACAUGUCGCGCUGCAGGCAUCAGUCUUCAAGCUGUGGUUCUGCUUGCCAUCUCUCGCACCCUUUCUCGACUGACAGGAGUUCCAAGCCCCACGUUGGGUCUCUAUCAGACGGGCCGUUCCGCGGCCUUCGAUAACAUCGACAAGCUAUCCGGGCCAUGUCUCAACGUCAACCCAUUUGUCGUUCCCGAGGUCAACCUGGCCGACGAUGCCUCUCCGACUGCUCUCGUGGAUCAGGCACGUGCUAUACAAACCUCCCUUGCAGAACGUGUCUCCUACGAGCAGAGCUCUCUCCGCGAUGUUCUCGGGUGGUCCAGCAAGCAACAGACCGGCGGUCACCUGUUCAAUACCUGGAUCAAUCUUCUUUGGAUGCAGAAUGCUGUCCCCUCGACCAACGACAUCACGCCGGAAUCGGAAGUGGGCGAAAACAGCGACCUAUUCCUGCCUUUACAGAUCGGUGUCCCGACUGAUUUCAUCCCAUCCGAGCCACUUGAUGAGACAGCAACGUCGGUGGCGGCCUUGGACACCUCAUUCCUGCCGGACGAGAAUGUCUUCAUCGAUGUCGGUCCUGAUCCCAAGACCGACUCUAUUGGUUUUGGAGUGCGGGUGGAAGGUGGGGUGUUAAGCGAGGAAGAAGUGAACAGUCUCUUGACAGAGAUUGCGAGCGCAAUUGAGAUGCUUGUAUCGUCUCUCAAUGCAGCUUGAAAUAGGGGAUGGUUUAGCGAUGGAGAUGUAAUUUGGAGGGAUGUGGUGACUGUUGGCGAAACUGGCUCAUUCAUGCAUAUACCGGGGCUUGACAUAUUGCGACACUUGCCUGCUUUCUGAUUUUCUGUCAUAGAUUGC